AGGCUGGAGGCCCUGCCAUGGCAUCCCCAAGGCCCCUUCUGAUGCUGGCCCUGCUGGCGUGGGUUGUUCUGGCUGACCAAGAGUCGUGCAAGGGCCGCUGCACUGAGGGCUUCAACGCCGACAGAAAGUGUCAGUGUGACGAGCUCUGCUCUUACUACCAGAGCUGCUGCUCCGACUACGUGGUCGAGUGCAAGCCCCAACUGACUCGUGGGGAUGUAUUCACUCUGCCAGAAGACGAGUACAGCUUCCACGACUACCGCGAGGAGACCAGAUCCAAUACCAGCGUCCAGGCACAGCCAGAGAGCUCCACCCAGACCUUUGUCCAGCAGGCCCAGCCUGAAGAGACUCCUGAGCAGGCACCUGUUCUGAACCCUGAGGAAGAAUCCCCAGGACCUGGGCGGGGGAACUCAGAGCCUGAGGUGGGGCCCCUCAGUCCCGAGACUGGUAAUCUAGGGAUCUCCGAGUCCCCAGCAGAGGAAGAGCAGUGCAGUGGGAAGCCCUUUGAUGCCUUCACCGACCUCAAGAAUGGUUCCCUCUUUGCCUUCCGAGGGCUCUACUGCUAUGAGCUGGAUGAAAAGGCAGUGAGGCCUGGGUACCCCAAGCUCAUCCGUGAUGUCUGGGGCAUCGAGGGUCCCAUUGAUGCUGCCUUCACCCGCAUCAACUGUCAGGGGAAGACCUACCUCUUCAAGGGUAGUCAGUACUGGCGCUUUGAAGAUGGUGUCCCGGACCCCGAUUUCCCCCGCAACAUCUCUGAAGGCUUCAAGGGCAUUCCGGACAACGUGGACGCAGCCUUGGCCCUCCCCGCUCAUAGCUACAGUGGCCGGGAGCGGGUCUACUUCUUCAAGGGGAAACAGUACUGGGAGUACGAGUUCCAGCAGCAGCCCAGUCAAGAGGAGUGCGAAGGCAGCUCCCAGUCGGCCGUGUUUGAACACUUUGCCCUGAUGCAGCGGGACAGCUGGGAGGACAUCUUCAGACUUCUCUUCUGGGGCAGUUCCUCUGGUGGUGCUGGAAAGCCCAGGUUCAUCAGCCAGGACUGGUUUGGUUUGCCCGGACAAGUGGAUGCGGCCAUGGCUGGCCACAUCUACAUCUCAGGCUCAGCUCCCCGCCCCUCUCGGACCAAGAUGACCAAGUCUAUGCGUCGCAAUCGUAAACGCUACCGCUCACGCCGUGGCCGUGGCCGCGGCCGCGGCCGCAGCCGCAGCCACGGCCAGAACCCCUACCGGCAAUCUCGUUCCACCUGGCUGUCCUGGUUCUCCAGUGAGGAGAUAGGCCUGGGGGACUAUAACUAUGACAACUACAGGAUGGACUGGCUUGUGCCUGCCAGCUGUGAGCCCAUCCAGAGCGUCUACUUCUUCUCAGGAGACAAGUAUUACCGAGUGAACCUUCGCACGCGGCGAGUGGAUGCUGUGAUCCCUCCCUACCCACGCUCCAUCGCCCAGUACUGGCUGGGCUGCCCAGUCCCUGCCCACGAGUAGG